AUGGCAAAUGAGCAACCGGACGUCCCUGAGGGUCUGAUUAAACUCCUGCAAGAUUUUACUGUUUCUAUCCUUCAAAACAAACCCAAAAACAUCCCACGCUUUGCAGUCAGCUAUUUCACGCGUCUGGCGAAUAACAGUGAGAGUAGCAUGAGAUCCGAACUAGCUGAUACAGAUAACAGCGAAGUUAUGGAUGAUGAGUAUGCCGAAAAAAUGAGAGAAAUGGCAGCUCAGCGGUCUUCCACACGAAGGGAUAGUGUGACUGCAGAGCCAUUCAAUCCGGACGAGGAAGAGGAAGAGAACGAAGGCGUUCCGGGUGGACGCAGAAGUAGUUACUAUGAGAAGACGCCAGAACAAAUCGCACGCCUAAAGAAUGUUUGCAGAAAAAUAGUUCUUUUUAGUGAGCUCGAUGAAGCAGAACUUAUCGACGUCAUUAAUGCCAUGUUCUUGAAAACGGCAGAGCCUGAAGAGGAUAUAAUUAAGCAGCAUGACGAUGGAGACAAUUUUUACGUCAUCGAUUCUGGCAAAUUCGAAGUGAAAAUCGAAGACAGGAUAAGCGGUGCGAAGGUAGUGAAGGUGUAUGAAGAUGAGGGUUUUUUCGGUGAAUUAGCUCUUAUGUAUAACUCACCUCGAAGUGCGACCGUCACCGCGGUGACAGAAGGAAUACUCUGGGCCUUAAGUCGACAGUCCUUCAGGCGACACGUCCUAGCCCAUGCAGCGAAGCGUAGACGCGCUUUCAUAGAAUUACUACACUCCGUGCCGAUACUUCAGGAUCUAACUCCGCAUCAGCGAAUGUCAUUAGCCGACAACUUACAGCGAAAAUUGGUUCCAAAGAGCGAAACCAUCAUUCGUGAGGGCGAUCCAGGUGAUGCCCUCUUCUUCGUGAUGGAUGGUGUGGUUAGUGUCAAGAGACGGCAGGGAAGCAGUGAAAAGGAGCUUGGAAAGAUUGAAAAGGGGGGAUAUUUUGGCGAGCUGGCCCUUUUGAGCAACAAACCGCGUGCCGCGAGCGUGUACGCAGUGACCGACGUUACACUUGCAGUGUUGGGAGUGGAAAGUUUUGAGCGGUUACUGGGUCCUUGCAUUAGCCUCAUGAAGAACCAAGCUUUGGACUAUGAAGGUCAAGAGGAUGCAAUCUGA